AUAACAUUUCUCUGUAGGAUGUAGGCAUGGAGAAAAAGGACGAACGAAUAUUACACUGUAUGUGAACAAGACCUUUUUAUUCUUAGAGGAAGGAGUCAGAAUCACACGAGUGCAGCAAGAUGGCGGAUUUAGAGGCGGUGUUGGCCGAUGUGUCCUACCUCAUGGCAAUGGAGAAGAGCAGAAAUGAACCCUACAAGAGAUCGACCAAGAAAGUUCAGCUGCCCGACCCUAGUUGCAGAGACGUGACCUAUAAGUACCUGCAAGAGAAGAUCCAGAUAAGCUUUGAACACCUUUUCAAUGAGAGGAUUGGUUACAGUAUUUUCAAGCAGUACAUCAUGAAUGGUGGCUCUGGCGAUCCGGGGUCUGAGAAAGCGCUCCUUUUUUUAGAAAAGAUUAAAGAUUACCAAGACAUGGACUCUAACGCUCUGAGAAAACCCGCAGCAAAAGCAAUAUUUGAUGAGUUUAUCAUGCCAGACUUGCUUGCUCGCGACCAUCCGUAUGGUUGGUUGGUUGGUUGUGGGUUACCCAAUAUAACCCCAGCAAGAACACCGGCUCCGUCCACAGAUUUCAGCAUCCCCUGGGGACUCCUCCCCAGAGGACAAAGUCUUUUGGGCCUUGAUGUAGAAGAUGUCUCCCAGCCUGGGGUGACAUCUUUCUGGAAGCCGUAUGAUAUUGAAGAUGCAGAAGAAGUGAGAGCGAGUCUGGCUAACGAUGAGACUUCGCAUGCUCUCUUCGAUAAAUACGGCAACUCAAUUAAAGAGAUGAUGCUGGAACACGAGUAUCCAAGUUUUGUGGACAGUAACUAUUACACUCGGUACCUGCAGUGGAAGUCACUGGAGAUUAACACGCGGGUAAAAAUAGAAGAUUUCAGUCUACACAGAAUCAUCGGUCGUGGAGGGUUUGGAGAGGUGUACGGAUGUAGAAAGGUCGACACAGGUCGCAUGUACGCGAUGAAGUGUUUGUACAAAAAGCGCAUUAAAAUGAAGCAAGGUGAGAGGAUGGCUGUAAACGAGCGAGAUAUUUUGGCUAGAGUGGACACGCCCUUUAUUGUGUGUCUCAACUACGCAUUUCAGACUGGAGACAGACUUUGCUUUAUUCUCGAUCUUAUGAACGGGGGUGAUCUGCACUACCACUUAACGCAGCGGAACAGUUUUACCGAGGCAGAGACCAGGUUCUACGCUGCCGAGGUGAUACUCGGUCUGGAACACAUGCACAACAGGAGUAUUGUCUACAGGGAUCUCAAGCCAGCUAACGUGUUAUUGGACGAGGCUGGUCACGUGAGGAUAUCAGAUCUUGGUCUAGCCACCGACUUUAGCGUCAAGAAACCAACUGCUACUGUUGGUACGCACGGUUACAUGGCCCCAGAGGUGAUUGAGAAGGGUUCAUACGACAGCAGCGCGGACUGGUUCAGUUUGGGGUGCAUGUUGAUGAAACUCCUUAACGGACGCUGUCCGUUCCGACCCCCCAAGUGCAAAGAGAAGAGCACAAUCGACAACCUGACCCUAACCAUGAACGUAGAAUUCCCAGACACAUUCUCCCCUGAACUCAAGGACAUGUUGGGCAAGUUGCUUGAGCGAAAACCAGACCGACGGCUAGGAUGUAAGGGCCGGGGAGCGGAGGAAGUUAAAUCGCACCCCUUCUUCUCCUGUUUGGACUGGAAUGCUGCCUCCAGAGUUAAAUUGUCUCCUCCUGUCAUACCUCCUAAAGGAGAGGUCAACGCUGCUGAUGCUUUCGAUAUCGGUAACUUUAAUGAGGACGACACCAAAGGAAUUAAACUGACAAAGGAAGAUGAUGAUCAGUACAAGAAUUUCGAUAUCUUCCUGCCCGAUAGGUGGCAGAAAGAAAUAGUCGAGACGAUAUUUGAAACUGUAAACCUGGAAGCGGACAGGCUUGAGAACAAGAAACCAAAGAGAUCAGCAAGCGUGGAUCUCUCCGGUGACUGUAUCCUCCAGGGAUACCUUCUCAAAUUAGGCGGUCCUUUCCUCUCCCAAUGGCAGAAAAAAUACUUUCAUUUGUUCCCUAACCGACUCGAGUGGAGAGCAGAACCUUCGUGGUACGGAAAUGAAGAGAGUUCUAGCGUCAGCAACAAGAUUAUAGACUGGCUGUCCGGUUCUAACGAGACAGAGACCCUGGCGAAUAACCUGAUAACGAUGGAUGAUUUGGUGUCAGUGCGGGAAUGCUCCUAUAAAACGUACGAUAAGUGCAUCUGUCUGGAAUUGUGCAGGAACAAGAAAUCUUCAGAUAUUUACCUCAGAACUGAGAACGAGAUAGAGUUCGAUCAGUGGUUCAAGCACCUGUCGGCCACCCUAGAACAGGCGGUCCAGAUGUUGAAACGCGGAGGGAAGAUGCUGAGGUCUGUCAACUCCUCCGAAGAGACCAGAGCGUCACUGCGUCACGGGCUGGGCAUGAUGGCGGGUCUCUCGCCGCUAAGUGAAGGAAAUGGAAGAGCUACGUUUCGGAAAAACUCAUAGAGACCCGAUCAGGAGUACAGAAGCAACCAUUUCCCCCGAUCAUCUUUUUAGCUCAAACAAACAAUUUUAAGGGUAUAUUUUUGCUGUCAUUUUCAUCCGCACAAUUCAUCAUUUAGCGAGUUUAGUUUUACCCCACCUCAAUCUGUAGAGUUAGAUUUUCAAUUAUAUCUUACUGAUGAAGAGGUGCUCCGGUCUCCCUCAGUUUGAAUUAAGUCUUCGAUUUUCUUAUGAAUUUUACUGAAAUUAGGUGAUUGUUAAGCCUGAUAUUGGAGCACUGAUCCUUCAACCUUAUCCUUGAAUGGGAUAAGGUUGUGGGAUCGCAGUCGAUGGUGGAGGUACCACCAACUGAACGUCAUUUACAUUUUCCAAUUUUGGGGAAUGUUCUGAGAGUUGUGACUCGUAAUGUUUUUAUAUCGUUUCAGUUCGACUACCCAAUUAUUUUAAUAUGAAACCGUAUUCGAAGCUUGGGCCCGUGUCGUUUAAUAAUUCUUUUUGAGUUUUUUACGGUGGCCGUGACAAGACACGCAAAGAACGUGACGUAUUAUUAUGAGUUAUUAACGUUGAGAGUGUAAGAUUAUGGAUUCACAUUUUUAUUCGCCUUUAUUUUGCUACUGCUAUUCCCUACCUCUCUUAUCACCGAGUUUUGUUUUGCUGAACCAAUAAAGCUAUCAAGUUUCGGUACUUCUCUAGAAAUCCUGUUAUUUUCCUACCCAUGCACUUCGCCCUUUCCCUCCCUGAUUUCAACGUCUUGGUUGGCCCAUUUUUAGGUUUGUAAAUUUACAAACCUAAAUUUUACACACCGCGUGGUGUGCACUGCACAACAGGUUUUAUUUUCUCUCAUGACAUUUUUUCUUUUACGGUCUCACCGAUAUAAUGUACAAAAUUUGUAUGAUGUAUGUAAAAUUAAUCAUGAUCAUUCAUCACUAACGAAAGUGACCACAUCAGUUGACAGGCUGUAAAUGUGAAAGUAAGUUUAAGUCCCUUCAAUCAAAGUACUGCAAUGUUAAGAGGAUCAGAGCCCUAGCUGGAACAACAGCUCUCAGAUUUGGACCAACUAAAUUUCAAUAUUUGAACAUCUGGUUAUAAACCUAUACUUUCGCCUCUGCCAGCCUUAAUCUAUUGGUGUGAUCAUCCUCAUGUUAUAUUCUUAAAGAAAUUGUGACGGUUUUUCUGAUGACGCAUAUAUUUGAAUGUCCUCGUGUUGCAAAGAGUAAAGAAAAAGUAAUUGACGAAUUAGAUUUAUAAUUAUUGAGUAUCAUUGGAUUUCGGAAAGUUUUCACUUUUGUUAUCAUGAAAAUGAAUUGAGAAUUAUCUCAUUGUUGAAGUAUAUGUAUCUAAUUCCAGUUUAACUUUAAUUGCUGAACAGAAAA